AUGCGAGGGCUAUUUCUGAGCGACGAGGAGCUGGGCAAGAAAGAUGACGACCAUAACAAGGCUUCUAAGAAUGGCGCCGGCGGUGGUGGAGGUGGCAGCGGUAUCCUGCAUCCAAACUGGCACCCCACCAGAAUUCAUCCGCGACGAUCCCUCAAGCGUAUAGCUAUUGUGUUGUUCGUCGCGACGCUCGUCAUAGUCUUCUUUAAGAAUAUCCCCGUCCUCGGUCCUAAUGUGCGCAUGCGCCGCCCUCACUAUACAUAUACAGAUCUCGAAAGUUCCAAUGCUCCUAGGCGCCCCGCCUACGGGCGACCGCAGUUAUCUCCCUCCAAACCAAACUCUCGGCCGCCGACCGAGCGCAUAUUUAAUGGACCCGUUAGAUUCCUUGAUCUAGCCCCGACGCUGCAUGCCAUCACUGGCACAAGAGGAAGCAUGUUGAACAAUAGGAAUAUUCUUUUCGCAGCAUCUAGUCUCAAGAGCGCGGCCAUGCUAUUACCGAUCGCCUGCCAGAUGGGAAGCGAGUUGAAGAGCUACGUGCACUUUGCGCUAAUGAGUCGGAGUGACAUUGAUAUGCGGGAGCUGCGCAAGGUUAACGGCAUAGACGAUUCAUGCCAGCUUAUAUUCCAUGAUGCGCGGCCUGACUAUGCUCAGGUAUCAACCGACGAUCGGAUGGAAAAUGCUGUGUUUCGUGCAUUUCACCAUAUUUUCAACUACAUGCAUCCUCAGGCUAUUUUGAUAGAUGGUUCAAUAGAUGAGGAAACAUUCUUCAUACGAGGCGCACAGCAGCACGCAAAUGUGAAGAAAACUACCUUGAUUGAGCUACCGCGCAAAGCUGCCAAACGGCUUGCGUGGCUGGCGAAAUUGGACAGUCAAGCCUUGCACAUGUGGAAUAAAAACCACAUUGACAUACUAAUUCGGGCCGUUCCGGGGUCUUCGGGAAGCUUGAUCAGACUUCUCAGAUCCCUCAGUGCCGCAGAUUAUACCUCGAGCGCAGUUCCUCAUCUGACCAUCGAACUGCCGCAUGAUAUAGAUCCUCCAACUAAACGCUUUCUUGAAACAUUCAUGUGGCCACCGGCCCAUACAAAUAAUCCUGCCAAUACGCGACUUCUUUCCCUAAGGCAUCGUAUUCCUCGUCAGAAAGUGGGCGAAGAGGAGAGCUCUAUCCAAUUCCUUGAGUCGUUCUGGCCAGCCGAGCCGCAGCACUCUCACGUAUUGGUUCUUUCUCCACAAGUCGAGCUAUCAUCUGACUUCUUCCACUACCUUAUAUACUCGCUUCUGGAAUAUAAAUAUUCUGCUGUCGCUACCCAUCAACGCUGGGGUCGUCAUCUUUUUGGCAUCAGUCUCGAGCAGCCCCUCAAGAAGCUAGACGGAAAACAGGAGUUAUCUGCGCCUUCGUUGCUGAAGAGCUCCGGUGCUGGUGAGGCGUCAGAUGAAGAGAUUUCGACUUCGUUCCUUUGGCAAGCCCCUUCCAGCAGUGCCGUACUUUUCCUGGGCGAGAAAUGGAUGGAACUCCACGACUUCGUCUCCAGAUCUCUGGAAGCUAAGCGAGAGUUUGACGAGGUUCCAACACUGUUGUCUGAGAAGAUUGUGAGCACGCAACAUCCAUCUUGGCUUGAACACGCCUUGAGAUUAGCCCGAGUGCGAGGUUACUGGAUGUUGUACCCUGGCAGUGACACGGCUCAGAAUUUGGCAACGGUCCAUAGCGAGCUAAGUCAUAUACCAGAGGAGUAUGCCAACCAAGAAGGCUCUAAGGUGACAUUGGCGGAAGAUGCGAGCGAGGAAGAAAUCGAGAACGUGAGACAGAAAAUCCGGGCCGGGUCAGAGAUUACCCUCGCUCCAGUAUCGUUGCUGGAUAGUCUCCCUCACGAGGGAAAUCUCCGCCCCUUUGGAGACCUUCCUAUACUGACAUGGGAUGGGCAGUCGGCGGAUUUUGAAGAGCUAAACUCGUUGGCUGCCACGUACGCAACAGAGUUUAGGGAGAAGGUUGGCCGAUGUACUGUCGACUCUGCCGAGGUGUCGAAAAAGCAGGAGGGUCCGACGACGGAGGAUCUGUUCUGCACCACAGACUGA